GCUCUGCUUUUUCGCGGCUUCCUCCAGCUCGCCUCGCCAUUGGCUAAGGUCGGCGUGGAGUUGGAACGUUCGUAAAAGCGAAGGAAUUCCGAGGCGCACGCGGUGGGGGAGGGAGGAGCGGCCACACACAUACACACAAACAAGCACACGCGAGGCAAUCUUGGCCGGAGAGUGACCGACUGACCAGGCCAUGCUCUUGGCUCAAGGCCCCAUUUGCCACCAGGGUCCCGAAGGGCCGCCGGCCGCCGAUGCCGCCGAAGAGGAGCCUCGCUCCGCGGGGAAGGCGACCUUGGAGACGCGCUACCGCUUGGGAGCGUUGAUUGGGAGCGGCGGUUUCGGCACCGUCUACGCGGGGACCCGGCUCAGCGAUUCUCUCCCGGUGGCCAUCAAGUAUGUUGCCAAAGACAGAGUCUUGCAAUUCCAACACAUGAAUGGCACCCUGGUCCCGCUGGAAGUCGUGCUGCUGAAGAAGGUGUCUUCCUCGGGCUGCCGAGGCGUCAUCCGCCUCCUGGAUUGGUUUGAGCAGCCUGACGCGUACUUCAUCGUGAUGGAGCGCCCCCUCGUCUCCCAGGACCUGUUUGACGUCAUCACUGACAGGGGCCCACUCCCUGAAAGCCUGGCCGCCGGCUACUUCCGGCAAGUGGUGGAGGCCGUGCGCCACUGCCACCUCUGCGGUGUUUUGCACCGAGACAUCAAGGACGAGAACAUUCUGGUCGACCUCCUGCAAGGAGACCUAAAGCUCAUAGACUUUGGCUCGGGGGCGCUGCUUCGGGAUGCUCCCUAUACAGAUUUUGAUGGCACCCGGGUAUACAGCCCUCCUGAGUGGAUAAAAUACCACCGGUACCAUGGCGUGUCUGCCACUGUGUGGUCCUUGGGCGUGCUGCUCUAUGACAUGGUGUGCGGGGACAUCCCUUUCGAGCGCGACGAAGAUAUCCUCCUUGGGAAACUCCACUACCACUGCAGGGUAUCCUCAGACUGCCGUCACCUGAUUGAGUGGUGCCUCUCGCUGGCCCCAGAGAACCGGCCUUCCCUGGAGCAGAUCUUGGCCCAUCCAUGGCUCCUUGCCUUCUUGGAGCAAGGCGGACGCAAAGCCCAGCAGCCCACAGUCCCCAAAGCCGGCACGAGCCUGUGACUCUGGUGGCCUCUGGACAGCAGUACUGGGACGGGCCAUCGCAGAAAGGAUGGACGUAUCUCGGUUUCUCCUGCGACGACAGGCUGACAUACUCGUUAUUCCUGCUGAUAGCUGAGUUCCUGCCCCUGGGUGGACGACCUAUGAAAUCCCAGGCCUGUGGCAGGGACGCUGCCCACCCUGACUAGACAGGGGGUCUGGCGUGCAGCCCCUUGACCCC